GAGAGACGCCAACAAUCACAAACAAGAGGAAGAAGAAUAGAACAAGAAGAUCCCCACACACUGCCAAUGGUGCAGUGACAAUCACAGGACUUUGUAGCAAAUAUUUUAUUUUAUUUUUUUAAAGUUCUUUUCCCAUUCUUAAUAUUUAUUUAGAUAUGGAGUUUUUUUUUCCCUUUCAUUAAUUUCUUUCCGUAGACUAACUAAAUUAAGACCAAGGAAAUUUGAGGUGCAAAACAAAUUGGGUUUGGAUCAAAUUUGGAAAAUCCUUGGUCUCUGAAGAAGAAGAAGAAGAAGAAGUUGAAACCCAUAUGGUUUUGAUGGAGUCACAGAGCAGUAACCAACAAAACCUCAACAGUAGCAGCAGUAAAGAUCACCACCAUGGCCACAAACAAGAAUCAUCAGCAGCAGCUUCAUUGCAAUUAGUCUCUUUUGAAACCCAAACAUCACAACUUCAACAACGUGGGUCUACUGCGGCCACCACCACUAUUUCUCAGGGCCCAUUCAUGGGCUCCAUCUCCAACCAAAUCACUGUCCACCCUUCAACAUCUAACUCCAAUUCUUCUGCUCUCACCAAACCCACCACCAAAAGACCCUCCAAGGACCGCCACACCAAGGUCGACGGCCGCGGCCGCCGAAUCCGCAUGCCUGCCUUAUGCGCUGCUAGAGUCUUCCAGCUUACCAGAGAACUAGGCCAUAAAUAUGAUGGAGAAACAAUUGAAUGGCUCUUACAACAAGCAGAACCAGCAAUUAUUGCAGCUACUGGAACUGGUACAAUUCCUGCCAAUUUCUCUACACUGAAUGUGUCCUUACGUAGCAGUGGCGUUACCGUUUCAGCGCCGUCAUCAAAAUCAGCUCCUCUUCACGGCGGUCUAGCUUUCUACGAUGCCAAUAAUGGAAGUGAAAAUCGAAGAGUUAUUAUUGGUUCCAACACUCCAACGUUAGGAUUCCACCAUCAGCCUUAUCCUUAUCACACUCUUGUUUCCGAUGAGAACUACAUAAGAAAGACACAUAGAGAUGAUCUUUUCAAAGAAACAACAACUACACGACAAGAAUCCACUGAAACAGCUAACCCCCCAAGUUCUAAUAAGCCGCCAGUAGCAGCUGCUGCAAGAACCGGAAUUGAAGAUCAUCAAGAACAGGGUUCCACAAGAUCGUCAAAUAUUCUUGCAACUCCAGCUAUGUGGGCAGUUGCGCCGGCUGCCACAAAUGGAGGCAAUGCAUUCUGGAUGUUACCAGUAGGUGGAGCCACCACCACCACCACAGCAGCAGCCAUACCAGAGCCCCAGGUGUGGACUUUUCCUGCAGCUGGAGUAACAUCUAUGCAGAGAGUAAGUUUUCGUGGAGGUGGGCGGAUGAGCCCGGUUCAACUAGGGUCCAUGAUGGUUCACCAGGCGGUGGGAGGUCAGCAACUGGGGUUGGGAGUCGGAGAGAGCAAUAUAGGAAUACUUGGUGGUGGCGGCAGCGGCAGCGGUGCUAAUGCUUAUAGCAGUAGGUUUGGAUUAGGGAUGAACUUAGAGCAACAUAAUCAACAAAACCAGCAACAAGGUAGUGAUAGUGAUGAUGAAAACCCUACUGAUUCCCAAUAAGGUUAAAAAAUAAAAUUUAAUAGGGUUUUCUAUUUUUCACCUCUCUAUCUCUUGUAAUUGUAGAGUUGCUAUUGUCUUCUCUUAGAGGCCAUAGUUAAAUAUGCUAAUAGUAACAGUCUGGUCAAAAGUUAUCCAGUAGUUUUUGAGUCGACGUGGGAAUCUUUCCACCCUAAUAGCCAUGUUUGUUCAUAAGAAGAGAAAUGGAGUUUCUGUGCAUAUGGGUGUCUCAAAUCCUCAUAGUUAACAGAUACCCAUAUCUUAUCUUCUCUAUUUUCUUGAAUCUAAAUUUGAAGUCUUGUGCAAUCC